AAAUUUUAAAUUAUAAGAUAUUUUUAUUAUUAGUUUAUUUAGUUAUUAACAAAUUAGUAAUCAAAGAUUUAAUACAACAACAAAAUACUAAUAACAAUACUAAUAAUGACUGACCAAAAGCUAACCGUACUGUUUGCACCGGCACAAGGUAUGGGCCAUAUCGGUGCCUGUCAUGGAUUAGCUGAACUGGUCCGAGACAGAGGCCAUAGAGUAGUAUUUGCAAUGGAUAUACAGUUCAAGGGUCGGCUCGCAAAAUACGGCUACGAAGAGGCAAUAUUGCAGACUAUUGGUCCGGAAACAUAUUCGGCAACCGAAGAGGAUCUGAUUGCCAAAUAUUUUGCAGACAAUAGCGGCGACAAUGAUGUCGUAAAACUGAAUGCAUUGGAUGUGGCCAAAGGUUUUUUCCAAUUAUUUGUCGAUAUGUUUGACGAUUGGAAAAAAUUGGAAACCAAUUAUCGAGCAGUGGUCGACACUGUUAGACCCGAUAUUAUUGUAUGCGAUACACAUAUAGCCUCACCGGCGCUUAUGAACAACAACAACGACAUUCCCUGGGUUUUGCUUAGUUCGUGCGCACCGUUAGAAAUAUAUAGUGCUAUUCACGGUCCCGAUAGGUUGCCACCUGCCUGGUCAGGUCUAUCAAUAAACGAUAGUAAAGAUAAAUGGCUUGAAUUUCAUGGACAGUCAGUUGAAUUGUUUGCCGACUUACGCCAGUCGAUCGAUAACUGGUAUUACGAUUUGUGUGGCAAACACUUGACUGAAGCGCAUGGAUUGCAGCCGUUGUCCAAACAUCUCAACAUAUAUAUGACACCCGAAGAACUUGAUUACAAACAAAUUGUCGGCGAACUGGACCACAAACUGUGGUUCGGUGUUAACGGUUUUGUGCGCCACACCACCAACAAUGAUAAGGUAUCGAUACCCGAUUGGCUUGUCCAACGUCCCGGAAAAUUAAUAUUACUGUCAAUGGGUUCGCUGCUAACCGGGAACCUGGAUCUCAUGAAACAUAUAACACAAUCAUUGGCCAAAUCCGAUCACAAGUUUAUCGUGUCGUUGGGUCGUCGACACCACAAUAAGUAUACACUGCCCGACAAUCAAUGGGGACAACCGUUUUUGCCGCAAACAUCACUAUUACCGCAAGUCGAUGCCUUCAUUACACACGGCGGCAACAAUUCUGUUACCGAAGGUUUUUAUUUUGGCAAACCGUUACUACUGUUGCCCGUAUGUGGCGACCAGUUUGACAAUGCACAGCGAUUGGUAGACACUAAACUCGGCUAUCGACUCGAUCUGGCCAAAUGUACGGCCAACGAGUUGAUAGCCGCUGUCGAUAUGUUGGCCAACGAUUGCCAAUUGAGUGAUCGUAUGAAAACUAUUGGCCAAAGAAUCAGAGCCAGUGAUGACAGGUGUAAAGUUGUCGACCGUAUUGAAUGUAUUGCCAGAAAUGGUGUUUAAAACAAAAUGUUUGUUUGUUUAUUAAUAGAUUAUAACUUAUAAAUUAAUGUAAUUAUAAAUAAUUAAAU